AUGGCAGUUCCGACCCCGCGAUCAUGGAUGUUCCCAGAAAUCUUUGCACAAUCCAGACUGGGGGAUCGCAUACCACCAACGUGGCAGGUGGUAUUCCUCUGUCCCAUGGAAGACGAAGAGCGAACUGAAAUAAUGACCAAACUCAACACCGUCGACGAGGACUGGCUUGACGGUCCCCAGACUGCGAUGCGGCGUUUGGUUGAGAUUCCUUGGUUGAUGGACUGGACGCCGCCGACAUCGGUCUGCUUCUCCAUCAUGAAAGAGGAACCACUGAUAUACAUCGACGAUCAGUCCAGGAUCGAUCAUACGGCCAUAAUUGCCUGGAAAAGUUCUAAAGACUCCACCCCUGAAGCUACUCGCGUGCCAAUUGGCCGGGCCAAUAUGCUGCUGGGAGUUGCUGCUCAAGGAGAACUACCAGUUAGUUAUACUCGCAUGCAUCCGGUGCCGGAAGAGCAACCAAUCCCACCCAACAUGAACAGGGUGCUUCCGUCACACCUCUCUGGAGUUCGCCUGGAGCCAUCAAUCCCGACCCUGAUAUCUCUCGUGUACCUCCCAGAAACAGAACUAGAGAAUCUACAGUCAAUGAUCGGUUGUCCAGCAAUCAUUCACAACUGGCCAGAAGGCCAAGAACCAUGUUCUCGUGCUGAGCUCUUCCGAAUGUUUCAGGCUCUCAAGAUCUCUCACCCGGACAACUACGAGGCCUUUGCACUGUUCAUCAAUGAAUUCCCCAAAUUCGAUGAGACCCCAGAAUUCCCAGGAGGCUACCAGAUCGUGAGAGCAAACGAAUCCAACUUUCCAAAUGCGCCGCACACAUAUAAUAGCCGGCUUGAACUUACCGUUCUUCAAAGUGACAAAGUGGCACAGUGUUGGAACGCAGCCUGGUAUCCAGAAAGUCAUAUUCCACCCAGCCUGCCGAACGGACCAUUCAAGUACAAUCCAGCAAUGUGGGACCUAAAUGACUUCGGCGGCGACGAAAUCGUCAACCCCGAUGACAUCGCCCGCAGUCUCAGCUCAAGCGUCAUCUUCGUAUUAGAAAAGAUGACAGAAACCGAGCUCCGCACGAUUCAAUGGGAGAUUUUCGACCGCUAUAAUUCCGACGAGAUGUUCAUGUGGGUUGAUGUGUCAGAUCGACUGGUUUCACCGGAUAUGCAAGGGCUGGUAGCAUACUUCGAGUCCGAGGAGUUUGCGCACCACAGGCCUCCGCACCAUUUCCUCGCCGUUGAUCGUCAGACAUUGUCCGAUGCGAUGGAACCGCUCGAUGAGCGGGAUGAAUUGGAGGCUAUCAUUGUUGCUUCGUUUGAGGCUGGCGAUGUUUGGUUUUCCGAUGAUAUGAAUCAUGGCUAUGGUCAUAUUUCCACGGGAUACGGGCAUUACAGGGGAGAUAUGGAAGAGGUUGAGAGCAUCCAUAUUAACUUGUCAAUUUCCAAUAUGAGCUGGAGCGAGUUGUGCGAGGGGUCUCCGGUCGUUUAUUGGAGUGCGUAUCGGAAGUGGGCCGAGGAACAUUCAGAAAAGUCUUUCGCGCGGUCUUUUGGUCCAGAGGGAAUGAAAGUACCCAAAGAACAACCCCCGUUCUCACUGGAGAAUUAUGUCUUAUCCAUUCAACAGGGUGGACUUCAACGGGGCUAA